UUAAGUUCUUUGCCUUCUAUAAAUGCACCAGUUACAGACCCACUCCUCUUGUUAUCUCUCUCUCUCUCUCUCUCUCUCUCUCUCUCUCUCUGCGUAUAACUCUGGAUCAAAUCCAAAGUCUGUCUUAUCUUUGAAUCCCCCUCAUUCAACUUCAAGGCGCAAUAUAUUCGAUUUCAGAAAUGGCUAGCCGACCUUAUCUCAGUCUCAGAAAGGUAUUUCUGCUCUAUCUUGUGUUGUUCCUCUUUACUUCUGUUCUCUUUUGUGCCUGCUCAGAAUCUCAGCUCCAGAGCAAAAGGUUGCUUGGUAGAAGAAGAAUGUUGGAAAUAGAAGAAGAAGAUGACCAGCCAAAAAAGAAAACCACCAGUCUAUCCACCAAGAACCAGACCAAGCUCAUAAAGCCUGGCCUGUCCUCGAAAAACCAAACCAAACUCGACAAACUCGGCUUGUCCAGCAAAACCCAAACCAAGCUUACCAAAAGUACAAAUUCUACAAAAGCAGCAUCCAUUGUUCUCUCUGAGAUAGAACUCAAGAAGGUCAGUUCCACCUCCAAGAUCAAAAAGCUAAAUUCCACAUCGAAAGCCACAAACUCUACCAAAUUACCCACUUCAUCUUCCAUGACGAAAUCCUCGGAUCUACUCAAAAUAAGCAUACCCAAGGACAAAACAACCAAACUCGCCUCCACCAAAGACAUCCAAACCUAUCUAGAGAAGAACAUCAAUGAGCAUGAAUCCGAAAAACCAAACAAGGACCAGAAAGCAGAUAAAAAAGCCAACCAACAAAAGACAAAGAAACAAACACAACCCAGCUGGAUUGAUGACGAAGAUGGUCUGGUUUCGGGAUUCACAGAUUUAACAGAUUUACCCACCAAGUUCCAGCAGACUUUGAUUCCGGACCUUGAGAAAUUCUCAACCACAUCCAAACUUUACCUCACGAAAGCCAACAAAGAAAUCACGAAGGGGUUCAAACCCCUUGUCGGCAACAAAUAUGCACCCUCCAUUGCCGCCUUGGUUUCUUGUGUUUUCAUAUUCGUCCCUUUGGUCUUAGUCUCUCUCGUUUUCAAUAGGAUUAAAGCUUAUUUCUCUCUCCAAAAGCUCUUGAUCUUCGUCCAAGUAUACCUCUCCAUCUACUUCACCAUUCUUUGUCUCUCCUCCCUGGUCACGGGGCUCGAGCCACUGAGGUUCUUUUACGCUACUUCGCAUUCCACGUACAUUUGCCUACAAGUGCUGCAAACGCUAGGAUACGUUCUCUAUCUGCUGCUGCUCUUGAUGUACCUGAUCCUCGUCUUCUCGACUGAGUGUGGGCUGGGCUCGAGGUUAAUGGGCCUGGUCCAGACGUUAGUGGGUUUAGCGGUUGGGUUGCAUUACUACAUGGCGGUGUUUCACAGAAUGGUGCUGCACCAACCGCCCCAGACCAACUGGAAGAUUCACGGUAUAUACGCCACGUGUUUCCUGGUCACUUGUCUGUUUGCUAAUGCCGAUAGAAGAAAGAAAUCAUACAUGGAGGAAGGGGGUGAGGAGGGCAAAAAGAGCUAGAUCGAAUCUUCCUCCUCUGUAUUUUAUUUUCCAUUCUAUGAUUCAGAUGUAUUAAUAGUUUUUUUUUUUUUUUAAUUUUUAGAUUUUGAAUUGUUUCCCUUAAUUUCCACCAGAAACUCCAUCUAGUACCGCAACUAAUAAGACUAAUGGGGCCAAGCAACCAUGGUCAUGUUACAUCUAUAUUCGUGAAGGUACCCAAAAAGAGAGAAAUACUUGUUUUUAUGUA